AGUGAUGUCAUAUCCGUUGUCCAGGUCUCCACACCUCUCUCGGUAGUUUACUCCCUUUAUCUUUUUCUUGGGUCCAAACUUUUUGAGGAGGUCUGGCUAGAGAGCCACACGAGAGGGUAAACUGGGGCGCCGCGGGUUGGUGGAGCUUCAGCACCUCGGUCAGCGCCCACUGCAGCUCAACCCACCCCUAGAGCUCGCGGACUCCCAGCUCUGAGAAUGCCUGCGGAAUGAUCGCCCCCAGGGCGGCUGCCGCUGCUGCUGCCGCUACCGCUACCGCUGCUGCUGCUGCUGCUGCUGCUCCAGCCACUCACUGCCUCUGUCUCCACUCUGCUCUGACUGACAGGCAGAAAGUGCAACUGACGAAGGAAAGGUCUCUGCAGUGAGAGUGGAGUGGCUACAUAAAAGAGAGUAAAGGGGGAAAAAACCCAGAUCAGAAUGCAGGCGACGUCCAACCUACUCAACCUCCUGCUGCUGUCUUUGCUGGCUGGAUUGGAUCCUUCCAAGACUCAGAUCAGUCCCAAAGAAGGGUGGCAAGUAUACAGCUCAGCACAGGAUCCUGAUGGACGAUGCAUUUGCACAGUGGUUGCUCCAGAACAAAACCUGUGUUCCCGGGAUGCCAAAAGCAGGCAGCUUCGCCAGCUGCUGGAAAAGGUUCAGAACAUGUCCCAGUCUAUUGAAGUCUUAAACUUGAGAACUCAGAGAGAUUUCCAAUAUGUUCUAAAAAUGGAAACCCAAAUGAAAGGUCUGAAGGCCAAGUUUCGUCAGAUUGAAGAUGACCGGAAGACACUAAUGACCAAGCAUUUUCAAGAGUUAAAAGAGAAGAUGGACGAGCUCCUACCCCUGAUUCCUGUGCUGGAACAGUACAAAACAGAUGCCAAGUUAAUCACCCAGUUCAAGGAGGAAAUCCGGAAUCUAUCUGCCGUCCUCACUGGAAUUCAGGAGGAAAUCGGUGCCUAUGACUAUGAGGAACUACAUCAAAGGGUGCUUAGCCUGGAAACCAGACUUCGGGACUGCAUGAAAAAGCUGACAUGUGGCAAACUGAUGAAAAUCACAGGGCCAAUUACAGUCAAGACAUCUGGAACCCGAUUUGGCGCUUGGAUGACAGAUCCCUUAGCAUCUGAAAAAAAUAACAGAGUCUGGUACAUGGACAGUUAUACUAAUAAUAAAAUUGUCCGUGAGUACAAAUCCAUUGCAGACUUUGUCAGUGGAGCUGAAUCCAGGACAUACAACCUCCCUUUCAAAUGGGCAGGAACUAACCAUGUUGUCUACAAUGGCUCACUCUAUUUUAACAAGUAUCAGAGUAACAUUAUCAUCAAAUACAGCUUUGAUAUGGGGAGAGUGCUUGCACAGCGAAGCCUGGAGUAUGCUGGUUUUCACAACGUUUACCCUUACACAUGGGGUGGGUUCUCUGAUAUCGACCUAAUGGCUGAUGAAAUCGGGUUGUGGGCUGUGUAUGCAACCAACCAGAAUGCAGGCAAUAUUGUCAUCAGCCAACUUAACCAAGAUACCUUGGAGGUGAUGAAGAGCUGGAGCACUGGCUAUCCCAAGAGAAGUGCAGGCGAAUCUUUCAUGAUCUGUGGCACACUGUAUGUCACCAACUCCCACUUAACUGGAGCAAAGGUGUAUUAUUCCUAUUCCACCAAAACCUCCACAUAUGAGUACACAGACAUUCCUUUUCAUAACCAAUACUUUCACAUAUCCAUGCUUGACUACAAUGCAAGAGAUAGAGCUCUUUAUGCCUGGAACAAUGGUCACCAGGUCCUGUUCAAUGUUACCCUUUUCCACAUCAUUAAGACUGAGGAUGACACAUAAGCAAAUGUAAUUUAUUUUCACUGACCCAAAGGGUGUCAUUGUGAUAAACUCUGUAAGACCCCUUCUGUUUUCUCUUUAUUGUAACUUUCAUCAUUUCUCCAAAGCAUUUUUUAUUAUAAAGUUGGUGUUUCAAAAAACAGCUAAGUCUGUAUAAAUUAACCUGUUGGAAACACAUCUUAACUCCUAAAUUUACAAGGCCUAUCAUGUCCUUGUCAUGAAAAGCACUAAAAAGAGCUUAAGUGGCUAAAGUCAUAGUUUUACAAAAGAUUAAUGAUCUGCCUUAUAUUAGAGUCAGACUAAUGGUGGCUUAAAUGCAUGAAUGUCUUUUUUUUUUUUUAACUCUUGUCAUUUUUUUACUGUUUUUUGCUCCACAUCAGGAAAUAUUUUGGUAGGAAUAAGGAAAAAAAAAAAAAAGCACUUUCCCCAUUUAUUCCUAAAAAAUAUUUAAGGAUCUUAUUUAUAUGAGAAAAUAAUAUUAAUCAUUUUGCUGUUAUACAAUUCUCCAAUGCGGUGCUGUACAGUCAUUUUUAAAUCUCUUGCUAACAUUUUAUUGGCAAUAUGUAUUUCUACCAUUGUAACCACCAUUGUGCAAUUGUAUCUCUUCACUUCUGUGAAAGUUAAUAUUUUUUAUAAGACACACUG